CCGGCAUCCCCGGGGCCUCGGCGCGCUCCGCUCAGUGGACGUCCAGACACCGAUUCCGUGCGCGUGCCUACCGGAGAGGAGCCUCAGCAGACCUGCGCUUUUAACACGACAACACGGCCUGGCGCUGCGGACUGUUAACGGGCACUUUUUGCACCUCAUCCCCGGACCGGGGACUCAGUUGAGCGUUCGGAUCGGCGGACCGGACUGAAUAAUUCCCAGGGCUCAAAGUGAAAAUAUACUACUACUAGUGCUUUCUUUUUUUCCCGAAUUUGUCCAUGCAGGUUUACACUACUUGCAGCACCUGCACACGUCGUCUUUCUGUCCUGGAGCGCGGUGGACAAGAAGAAGAAGGAUCCGAAGGAGGCAUCUCUGUUCCUCGCAAUUAAAAAAAAAAAAAGUGUUUUUGUUGGACCGUCCAAAGUCCAUUUUGUGUCGAGCGCCGUCGGUCAUGGACGUGCUGGCGAGUUACAGUAUUUUCCAGGAGCUGCAGCUCGUGCACGACACGGGCUACUUCUCCGCACUGCCUUCCCUGGAAGACAACUGGCAGCAGACUUGCCUGGAGCUGGAGCGCUACCUGCAGACGGAGCCCAAGAGGCUGUCGGAGCUCUUUGAUGAGAAUCUGGACAGCCUUCUUACGCCAGCCUUCCUGAAGGAGGAUAGUGAUCACGAACUGUCGGAACCCGUGCCGCCCAAUUCAGCCAGUCAACGCAGCCCUGCAACCGUACUACAUUCCCCUGGCACCUGUUCGGAGAGCCAGACUGGUGUAAACGCAGCCCAGUUGAGUGCCGUUACUUCCCUCACGCCGCCAUCGUCGCCAGAGCUGGGCCGACACCUAAUAAAGCCAGCGGUACCGCCGAUGUUGACAGCCAGGGCAGACGGUACGCUCACACUCAAGCUGGUCGCCAAGAAGGUGGGGGUCGGCGGCACCAAGCUCGUCGGCACACGCACGCCGCCCUUGCCUCCGAGCCACGGCGCCACAUCGAGCGACAGCGAACGGGGCAGGACGGAGGCGCCUGCUGCGGGGGAUGCGCCCGAAAACAAGAAGAGAGUCCAUCGCUGCCAGUUCAACGGCUGUCGGAAAGUUUACACCAAGAGCUCGCACCUGAAAGCUCACCAGAGGACCCACACAGGCGAGAAGCCCUACAAAUGCUCGUGGGAAGGCUGCGAGUGGCGCUUCGCCCGGAGUGACGAGCUAACACGGCACUACCGCAAACACACAGGCGCCAAGCCCUUCAAGUGCAAUCACUGUGACAGGUGUUUCUCGCGAUCGGAUCAUCUGGCCCUGCACAUGAAAAGGCACAUCUGAGACGACGCGCAGCCAUAAUUGUGUGUGUGAGCGAGAGAACGCGAGCGAGAGAGAGAGCAACGCAAUGACGAGCAGCAGCAUGCUCCAGCCGAGAGGAGGCUCCCGCAAGGGGAUUUAGGGGCUCUCAGGACUGACUCCGAGGGCCAGUGUGCCGGUCACCACCAGCACAGGAGAUCAGGUGGAUACAGGCAGCGCACGAAAGUGUGAGAAAGAGAGAAAAGAGGGACAGAGUUACUUGGCUGUAUCCCUUAUGAACCCACUUAGACCACCCCAUCUCAUUUGCAUCAGCUCAUUAGUCAAGCCUUACCUGGCAGGUGUAGGGAGCCAGUCACUGCCAAGUGAUUUUGCUGAUCUGAGUCGUGUGCCAUUUGCUGUUAAAUUUUGUGUCUUACACAAAAUCCAAAGAAUCUUUGGGAAAAGAUCCACAGCACAACCUGUGUAAACUUUAAACCGUAGCAAGGCAGUUGAGGAGUUGAUUUUUAAAAAAAAAAAAAUGUCCAAUAUUUUGACUUGCUUUGUUUUUCCUUUUUUUAUUUCCUUUGUUUCACAGAAAUAUCGAUCACAGUAAAAUAUGUAACAAAGCCAAAUUUUUAUGACAAAGACUUUAGAACUGGUGGCCAAAUAUGAGAGGAAGCCCAGGAGCAGUGCUUGCCAGUCGGCUGAAGGAAGAGUGUAGACAGUGGUGACUGCUGCCCUCCACGGGGUGCCCGCUGUGCGCUCUCACUGUCAGGCUUCAUAUAACCACAGGGCAGAGACAUUUCUGCACUUUUUGGAGAUGCUAACUUUUUAAGCUGAAAUUCCUUAAUGCUUGUUGGCCUAUUGCACUGAUGAUGUGCACGUACGGAGGAAAGAAACAUUAUAAACCUUCAGGAUGCACAAGCAAGAGACGUGGACGUGGCAGUCCAGUGCUGGGCAGGUGAAAGGACACAUUAAGCAAAUGCUUCAUGGUUGCUGGCCCCAAAAGAAAGGAAAGGCCUUCCGUUGUCUCGCUUUGUUCGUCAACACAAUUUGAUGCAAAAGAAACUCUGGAGUCAAGUGUCUCCUUCAAGAGGGACCAAGAGAACCGGUUGAGGUCCUUUGGCUUUUCUGGAGUGCAUGUUCACAGUGCUGAAGUAGGGGAUAGCCCUUUGGAGAAACUGUCCUGCCAAGCAGUCUACGCUGGAGGUUGGACAAUGCAACAAGAGCUCAUCUGUGCUUCAACCCUGGAACUGGAGGACAUUGAACUGUUUCAUACCUGUUGUAUGUACUGACCUUUUCAUUGUUGCCUGUGUAUUUGUCAGGCAGGAGAAACACACUCACAUACAAAUACAGAUACACAAAUUCAAGCUUUCCAUGCUAAGGUCUCUUGUACAGGAAAAGUCAUGGAUCGGUUACAUAAACACACAGCUCAAAGCAAAACACUGCAUGGCAAAAUCACACUCGCAUUGCUUCCUGGAAUUAUUUCUUCUGCUACAAAAUUUCAUGCAAGAGCUUAAGUGACUCUUUUUUUGUUCUAAUACCUUGAAUGAUGACUCUGAAGAGAGAGGCACAUUACACCUUAUUCUCAUCUUAUUAUUAACCACUGCACAGCAAGCCUACAAUAUAUCCAAACAUGGACCAUCAGCCUAAUGCUUCUGGUGACUCAACUUCUGCUUUUGUCCAUUUGUUGGACGCUUAAUUGGCUACUGGAACCCUGAAAAGAGAUCAGCUGAUGUUGCCUAUGGUAUGAUAUUCCCAGACAAUCCUAGAAGAGCUCUCCCUCCAGGAGACCCUGCACCUUGCCUGGGCGCCAUGCUAAGGGACAUUCAUACAGCAUCUCAGCCUGAGACCAGUCUACACCAUUAAUAACUCCACAUUGUACCUGUAUAAGCACACAGACAGUCUUUUUCUAAAGACAAAAAAUAAAUGCCUCCUUAUUUUUUAAAUGAUCAAUUCUCUGAUGAUAAGAAGUUUUGCCAAUUUUUUGUUAGGAUGUGGAUAUGUCCUUCAGCCCUAAUAAUACACAAUGAAGUGGCAGCUUGACUAAGGGUUGGCAUGUGAGUGUCUCUACAGGUUUUUUUUUUUAUGCUUCACUCUUGCCGAGUACACACAGGGUAGGUGCGGCAUACACAGCGGAAAAUAUGUUUCCCUGUGCUUAAAGCAGUGUAGGUGAUGAGAAAAAUCAAGCUGGUGGACUUGUGAGCACCCUUUGCCUUUCUUUGCGUUUCCCUUCAACCUGCUUGCAUUUACCAGUCCUUGACUGUUCAGUUGCGACAAACGAAAAAAGGAUCAAAUCGUCAUUUAUUCAGAUUUUUUUGUUCAUCUGUGCCAUUAGCGUUUCAUUUUUAUAUACCAUUUCUAUACAUUUGCCAUUACUUUCCCCUGGUUUCUGUUAACCCUUGAUGGAAAGUGUCUCUACUGUGAUCUCUAAACUGUCGACAAAUAGGGGUCCAAGCCUCCAAGUUUAGUGGAAAAAAGUGUAUAUAUACCACAGUCUCACUAUGUACUAUGUAGUUUAUGCAGAUGCUGUUAAUCACUAAUAUAGAAACCAUUCCUAUCAGUUAACAGCUCCUUUGCACUUAAUGACCCGAAGCACUAUGAGCCAUCGACACAGUAAAAUAGCUUUUGUCCCGGGGACAUUUCUGGUUCACUUACUGAAGCCCUGUAAAAUGUCCUCACCUAGCAAUUCAACUCAGGGAAAAUUGCUAAGGUGGAGGGUGUGAUCACAGACCAAAAGAAAAGGUCCCGAAAACAAAAGGAAAAUUCACAGCCCACAUUGCAAAGUAUGUAGUCACUCUGCUAAUUAGCAGUUAUUACCGCUAUUAUUACAGCUGUUGCUAUAGCUAUUGCCAGGAAAAAAAACUCACUUUAACCAGUAUAUGAAAUUAAGCUUGGUAGGGGAUUUGCAAUAAGUCUUGGGAAAUGUGCAGGGUUAAAAUAGUUUUGAGCUGCCCACUUUUGAUGUUUAUCCAUCUUGUGCAGCUGUAAUAUUGACAGGGUAACACUAUAAACAGAAUGACUCCCCCUUUAAAAUUUUAAUGCAAGUUUUCAGAAGUUUCCGCAUCUAAUGCUAGUGUACAGUUUGGAAAAUCUCUAGCGUGCCCCUAUUGAUAAACAUACAUGUAAUUUCCCUUUGCACACUAUGUGGCAUGCUGAACUAGUAUGAUGACUAAUGUAAUUGUAAGAGACGAAGCGGGAGACAAGAGUUGCAGUGCUCGUCGGUGGGCGGGUUUUAUUUAGUGCGGGGAGAAGGAAGGGGGUGGAAAAGGAGGGCCAGGGAACAGGUAGGCUGGGGCUUCGUGCAGGACAGGGGGGCAGGGAGCCUCGGGUCGGUCCGGACGCCGGCGUCGUCUCCUGGUUCGGGUUCGGGUGUGUCUCUGUCUCUCUGGAUUCGCUCUCCUCUUCCGUCUCUUCUCUCUACUGCCGGGC